AUGAGUUUGGAAUUGAGGAGACUUUGGAAUUCCCCAUGUUUCUACUGUUACGACGCUGCAGUAGCGGGAAGCUUGCAGGCCCCAUUUCUGUUUCUGCAGCAGAAGCCGCAGUUAGGCUCUGAUCCGGAUCUAGUUUCUUGGGUGGCCAGUCCGGUUGAGGGAUUUUCGGUUAGCUCAUGUUAUGAUUUGAUUGCAGAUUCUAAAGCUUCUUUCGGCCAUGUGAAUCGUUAUGGAGAAGCGUGGAAAUGCCUUUGGAAGACGGAGGUUCCGACGAAGAUAAAAGUCUUUGGUGGGAGAUGCUUUCACAAUCGUCUACCGAUGCGCAAUCUGUUAAAAACCAGAGGUAUUAUGGAUUCUAAAUCGGAUAGUAAAUGUGUUUUUUGUUUGGCAGCAGAUGAGUCGAUGGAUCAUACUUUCUUGCAUUGCCCGAUGGUGAGGCUUAUUAGUAGGGAAGUGUCGGAGUGGCUGGGUUUUCCCGAGGAUUCUUGUGGGAGUGUAAAGGAGAGUUUCUUGAGGUGGUUUUCUUUUGUAAAUUUAAGAAAGUUAAGAAAGAGAAACAAGGUAGUGUUUGGCUAG